GGUGUUCAUUUCGGAUGAGAGGCAGCCCCAGGCAGGGGCAAGGGCCCCAGGCCGCGGUGGCACAAGUCCUGGGUUCUGACUCAGCUGUCGCCGGGAGACCCUGCGCAGGAAAGAAGUUUCUCCAGGCCUCGUUUGCUCCUCCUCUGCGGGAAGCCAGCAAGAUCAAGAACUACAUCGCGCUCCAGCCCCUCAGCUGAAACGCAGGCCCGGAUACAGGUGAAGUGGACAUUCUCUCCCACAGGAACGGUGCUGAAACAUACCAGCGAACAUCUCCCAGGCCAGGAAGGAGAGCACAGACCCUAUUUGGAUCAAGUCCACCCCCUGAGCCUGAAUGAUGACUGCAGAGUCAAGGGAAGCCACAGGUCUGUCCCCGCAGGCUGCCCAGGAGAAGGAUGGGAUCGUUAUAGUGAAGGUAGAAGAGGAAGAUGAAGAAGACCACAUGUGGGGGCAGGAUUCCAGCCUGCAGGAGACGCCUGCUCCCGACCCGGAGAUUUUCCGCCAGCGGUUCAGGCACUUCUGUUACCAGAACACUUUUGGGCCUCGGGAGGCUCUGAGUCGACUGAAGGAACUUUGUCAUCAGUGGCUCCGGCCGGAGAUCAACACCAAGGAGCAGAUCCUGGAGCUGCUGGUGCUGGAGCAGUUCCUUUCCAUCCUGCCCAAGGAGCUCCAGGUCUGGCUGCAGGAAUACCGUCCCGAUAGUGGGGAGGAGGCCGUGACCCUCCUGGAAGAUUUGGAGCUUGAUUUAUCAGGACAGCAGGUGCCAGGUCAAGUUCAUGGACCUGAGAUGCUCGCAAGGGGGAUGGUGCCUCUGGAUCCAGUGCAGGAGUCCUCGAGCUUUGACCUUCAUCAUGAGGCCACCCAGUCCCAUUUCAAGCAUUCAGCUCGGAAACCUCGCCUCUUACAGUCACGCGCUCUCCCUGCCACCCACGUUCCUGCCCCUCAUCACGAGGGGAGUCCCAGAGACCAGGCGAUGGCAUCUGCACUAUUCACAGCAGAUUCCCAGGCAAUGGUGAAGAUCGAGGACAUGGCCGUGUCCCUCAUCCUGGAGGAAUGGGGAUGUCAGAACCUGGCUCGGAGGAAUCUCAAUAGGGACAACAGGCAGGAGAAUUAUGGGAACGUGUUUUCCCAGGGUUGUGAAAACAGGAGUGAGAAUGAGGAGUCAACCUCAAAGGCUGAAGUCGCAGAAGACUCAGCGCCACGUGGGGAGACAACAGGAAGAUUCCAGAAAGAUUUUGGAGAAAAACGUGAACAGCAGGGCAGAACAGUAGAAAGGCAACAGAGAAACCCUGAGGAAAAAACUGGAAGAGAAAAAAAAGAUUCGGGCCCAGCUACGGUCAAGGAAAAAAAACCCACCGCGGGCGAGAGAGGUCCAAGGGAGAAGGGUAAAGGUUUGGGAAGAAGUUUCAGCCUGAGUUCAAACUUUAACACCCCUGAAGAAGCUCCAACAGGAGCGAAGUCCCACAGAUGUGAUGAAUGUGGUAAAUGCUUCACGAGGAGUUCAAGCCUUAUUCGCCAUAAAAUAAUCCAUACCGGAGAAAAGCCCUAUGAAUGUAGUGAGUGUGGGAAAGCCUUCAGCCUCAACUCAAACCUGGUCCUGCAUCAGAGAAUCCACACAGGAGAGAAACCUCAUGAAUGUAACGAGUGUGGCAAAGCCUUCAGUCACAGUUCGAAUCUCAUUCUCCAUCAGCGGAUCCACUCUGGAGAGAAACCCUAUGAAUGUAACGAAUGUGGGAAGGCCUUCAGCCAGAGCUCAGACCUGACUAAGCAUCAGAGGAUCCACACGGGGGAGAAACCCUAUGAAUGUAGUGAAUGUGGGAAAGCUUUCAACCGAAACUCGUACCUUAUUUUGCAUCGGAGAAUUCACACCCGAGAAAAGCCCUAUAAGUGCACUAAGUGCGGCAAGGCCUUCACGCGGAGCUCGACCCUCACUCUGCAUCACAGGAUCCACACCAGAGAGCGGGCCUCCGAGUACAGCCCCGCUUCCCUCGAUGCAUUUGGCGCCUUCCUGAAAAGCUGUGUGUAGAGCGAGAGUUCCAGAAUUCAUCAACAAGCCAUUUCCCCCUUUUGUUUCCAAAAACUGCUUCAGAGGUGUGUGCCCACGGAGGGGAAAAAAAAGAGGGCCUCAACAGAUUAAAAGGAAGAAAACUCACACUUCAGGAUCCUUGUAGUUCCAUCAGCAGUGUUCCGCCUUUGCAUCGUCUGGUGGGCGUGUAAUCCUCCCACACGAUCCCUGCAGGGAAAAGCUAGUCCUAUGGAGAAUCCACACACUCUUUCCACACAAGAUAAAAGCACACAUACAGUCAGACGUCCAGCUUUUCAGUAAUGAGGAUACCUUUAAGGCGCUCUCGGACUCAGCAACCACAACAUAGAAUCGAAAGAUUAAGAUUGGCUCCGGGAAAGCCAUACUGGGGUUUUUAAAGCUGCUUUCCGCAAACAAGCCCUACUUGGCCAACAUCUUGGUAUACCUUAUUUCUCAAAAAAAAAAAAAAAAAAAAAGAGGAAUCGCUAAAAUAAACUGCAUUGGGACGUGCUGCUCAACCUAGUUAUAUAUACACGAUAAGUUAUAUAUAUGAUCACUGGUAGCCUGCCAAAGCUAUAGAAAUCUAGGACUGUGCUGAUCGGUGUCAAACCAAAGAUUUCUAGCUCUUCCUGAAAGAGGGUAUGUGCACCAGUCUACAGUUCCAAAGGAUCUCAACAAAUGUAGAUGGUUCUAUCCUCAUCGCUGAGAUAAAUCCUCCUGAAACGGCAACAACGAUUCAAAACCCUUCUCUCCCUUCUUGAAAUCCCGAAACACUGUCGCACUCCAAAAUGCAUUUCUCCACAAGUUAGCGCUUGAUCGAUCCUAGACUGUCUUAUACUUCUCUGUUGUCUCGUGUAUGCGAGUUUUCAUCAUGCCCCCUCCCCAGAGAGAUGCUUCGAUUGUCAGGGGAUCCGUCUGUAUCCCAACAGCACUGGACACGGUGCUGAACACGUAAGAGGCACUCGUUCCCCCUGACUUCCAGCAGGACUUCCACGCUUCCGGUGAAGUCCUGUGUCAGUCAUGAGUACCUGAAGUAGGGUAGCCUGGCCCAGCUUCUGAAGCCGACCUUCGGAGUGCGAGCAUGCUACAGCUCCAGGGUCUGACUCUCCUUUUGUCCUGACUAUAGAAGAAAGCCACUGGCUAGCUGCCUGCAUAGACUCUUCUACACACAGAUCUGUGAGUAAAUACCAUGGAAUGUCAGAAACGACUCUCGUCGUCAUCUUCAGAAAAAUAGCAACGUUCCUAAGGCCGUGUCCUGACACCUUUCUGGGGCAAAAAUAUCUUAGCCAGAAUUCUCUUCAGUCAGCUGAUGGACAACGUGAUCAUUUAGGCACUUUCUGAAUCCUUUGUAACUAAAUAAUACAGUGCAAAAGAUGUGAUUUUUUUUUUUUAUUGCUUUUCAGAACAAGGAAAGGUGUGGAGUGCGAUUUUCCACCCCCAUACUUUCCAGAAGCUUUGCAAAAGUAUUUGAUGCCGUUAGCUGGCAAUUACUGUAUUCAUUGCUCCGAGUUCACCGACAAGCGACAAGCUGAGAUGUGGUUGGUCGUCUCACCCCUGGACUGCACAGGGUCUUCUCUGUUUCUCAUGCCUGAAGGCAGAGGGUGGGGGAGGGGCUGUGAAAGCCGGAAGAAGCAACCCGCCGCCUAGAAGCUAAUGACAGACGGUUUUCGGGUACACACCCGGGGGAGCCAGGAAUCAUGGGCCACGUCGGCUGCCCUCAGGGCCUUGGGUGGAGAGGUCUCUGCUCUCAAGAGCGUGUAGAUGAUGGUGGACAGCCCCACGGGAACCUAGAAGCAGACCAAGAGCAGACCCGAAGACUCUGCCCCUCACCGGAGAGCCCCACGUAGAGUUUGAGUUUAUCCCUCAAGAAACAACGAAAACUCACCCUCCACCAGCUGUUCGCGGACCGACCACUCGAGCCCAGCGGCCGGCCGGGCUUUAUGGGGAGCCAGCGAGCAGCUGGGGCCUCAGCUCCAGAGCAGACUUCCCUUCUGCGCAGCAGCGAGUCUCUGGCCUCUCUCCGUGACUGGGACCAGCCACGACCUCCCCGCAGCUCCGGAGCCUGUCCGCCAGCGUUGCCUGCGGCGGCGUCAAGCAGGUCCGGCGGCGGAGGAAGAGCUCUGAAGGCGUGCUGCGGCCAGUGAGCCGCCGCGGAGGGGUCGCUCGCCCCCGCCGGCUCUGCAGCCGAGACUCGCCCCCGGGAAGCCCCGAGAGCUCUGAGGCGCCGGGGACCGCGCACAGCGCCGACUGUUCUGGAGAGGCAGCGAGCCCCGCCUGCGGCUGCUUCCACGUGGGCCUCUCCCGAGCCGCAGGCGCGCGCUGGCCUCACGCAGCCCUCGCCUGUGUUUUAGAAAGUUCAGCGCCGCCUGCGCCUCGCGUUUCUGCCCCGCGCCAGCCACGGGGUGGUCCCCAGGGUUGCCGCGGGUGUGUGGCAGGCGCCCUGCCUUCAAGCAGCCACCCGAAAACGGGCUCUUUGAAGAAGCCAGGCUCCGACUGCUCGUGAAAACCGUUCACGUCGCGUCCGUUCCUCGGCUGCCCAGUGCGAAGCGUAACUGGGUCAUGGUCAGACGGGCUCGCCUCGGCUCCUCAGCGCCGGGACGGUCAGAAGCGCGUGAGCGGCUGCAGUGUGUUCACAGCUGAGGAACUCCGUAGUUAACCAUUGGCAUGCUCGUUGACCUAAUGGAAGUUUUUGAAGGUUUUUCAGAAUAUGCCUUAUGAAAGAAGCCUUGCCAGGACGAGAAGUGCAGUUCUUCAGAUUGCGGGGAAUUUGUUUCUGCUCCGGCCUGGCAGGCAAAGCGACAGCCUGAGACUAUAGACCUCUGAGGCAUCCUGAUUAGUAAGACCCUUAGUAUUCGGUUAAAGGCAUAAAAGUGAGACUGUGCAAAAUUUGUACAGAGAGUUCGCCGUGUUUGACGUGUGUGUCAGUUGACAUCUCACAUACAUCAGAGAAUUCAUUCCAGAAAGGAACCUCAUGAAUGCGAUUCGUGUGGCAAAGCCUUCCAUGCCAUCUCAGCCCUUAGCAUCAGAAAGCUUACGCUGUAAAUAAACUUUAUUAAUAUUGUAUGUGAGGGAAACUUUCACGUAUACUACUCAUUGCUUCGGACAGAAAAUGAAUUCCGUCAGUCUGUUCCAAUCAUGUGAUGACUUUCAGAAACACUGCAGAGGAAGCUCGAUCUUAACCCCAGAGGAUCCACAGAAGAAGAAAAAGAAGAAGAAGAAGAAAAAGUGGGGAAAUGCUAAAAAGAAGGCAAAAAUUGUUCAUGCUGAGUACUUCUGUAUAUUUUGUAUGACCACAAUGUCCGUGUCCGUGUUUUGUACAUCUGGCCCCGGUUGUUACUCUGUAUAUUCCCUGUAGACAGAUAAUGUAUUUUAUUUUAAUCUAUUUGACAGAACACAUCACUCCAAAAGAGCAAAGUUUUGGAGUGAGUGGUGAAGGGGUUGGUGGUGGGCAUAGACAGAAAGUCCGUUUACAGACCUGAAGUGGGGGAAUAUGAGAGAAAACCUUCAUAGUUUGGUGCUUACCAAAUCUGGAGAGGAAAUUAGGAAGUUUCCUUAGGAGAGACAGGUUAAUAGGGCCCUGAAGUGGAACGGUUCCUAGAAACAUGCAGCUUCUUGGGUGUGUUCUCUUCAAAGCCAGAAAGCAGACUCCUUAGCUGCCAGCUCACCAUUCCAGGCAAAGAAAAUGGGUUCUCUGAGCUUCCGGCGGGGAGAGGGGCUUCUCCAUGAAUUGAGAGUGGAGAGUGCCCUGGAAAGGCCAGUGGGAUUACUUAACCUGACCAGACAGUGGAAACCAUAGUCCUGCUUCCCCUACUAACUCAUCUUCAUGCUUAGGAAAUUUGGGAUAGCAAAGCAGCAAGAUGGGCCCUUUCCUGGAAAAUGGGCAUGGAUACUUCCACUUCCUGGCAUGGCAGGAAGUUCUUCUGACAAGGCUGGAGAAGCAUUUUUGUAUUCCCUUUGGCUGCGCUCCUGUGUACCUUCCCUGCCCCCAACUUUCUUCCCUGGGUGGUUCCUUCCCCACGACUGUUGAAAGGCUUUUGAAGAUUUGUAGCUGUGAAGGAAUUUUUUCCUCCUUUUUAUCCUAGAGUAGAUCGCCUUUUCUUCCAGGGUCUGGUCACCCUGAAGUCCUCAUCAGAAGCUAGCUAACCAGGUUCAUCCUGCCAUACUCAUGAAACAUUCGUUACGUGAAUUGGAGUAACAGUAUUAAAACGUAGUCAGACAGUGACAGCAAUACUUACCAGAGGGGCCAUGGUUUUGUGUGUCCCACUCUGAGCAACUUCUCAGAAAUAUUUAUGAGGGGGCUGGGUUCCCCAUCUGGGAAACCAAAUGAAGGUCUGCAGAUUGCAAAGUGAAAUGUAGAAUCAGAGAAGAGGAAAUUAAGUGGUAUAAAUAGAUCUUUUUAUAGAAGUUAGAGUAGAUUUUUAUUUCACCUACUACUGGAGAAUUCAAUAAACAUUAUUUGAAAAGCUUUCCUAACAUAGGUUUAGGUUUUGUUUUUAGAAUGGACACACUACUGUACAUUUAAAAGCAGUUACUUAUUUUGCUACUCAAAUUAAUUUUUUAUUCUAUCUGAAGAUGAAAUUAUCUGUUUUACUUUUCAAAGCUUUGUAAAACAAACUUGAAGUUCUAGGGAGGCUAAGCCAUCUCCAAUUCUGCAGGUCACACAAAAGUUGGAGAAACACUUCGAACGUCUCAUCCGACAGAAUGUCUUAACGUGAGAACAUAGUUUUCAUAUUGUCUGGUCCUGUUUUCACAGCGGAUACCACAAACCUCAUGUUUUUCUCUUUAUCCUGAAACAGUGGAAGGUAAGGAGAGUCAUUAGGUUGACUUCUAAGCAAUGUUAUUUCAACAGCUUUAAAAGAAAUGUCUUUAAGAUUUCUCCCCCCCAUUAAAGAAUCAUGCCUCAUCUAAGAGUUAUACAGUGGUCAGCAGAGCUAAUUGGUCCUAAAGUGAAACUUUCUCCCUUCCACAAGCACGCAUUAAGCAGUGAGGCUGAGUGUUUUAAGGUACUGGGGAAAAAAAAAAUGAGACCUGUGAGUAAAAGGUGGCAUUAAAACUCGGAUUUCAUUCCGGUUUCAGAUUUGGGUUUUAAGUUCCUUGGGUCCAGGGAAGGGACUAGGCAGUUGCAGGCGCCCCCACUCAGGUGGGUCUGUGCUCGCUUGCCUUCCCCCUCACCUUAACCUCUGAACAGUUUAGGUAAGGUUUCUUUCUGCCCUAGCAAGGACAAAGCAUGUUAGGCUUAGAGCUGCUUCUGCUAGUAGCCGGGGUUCUUCCGUGAGAUCAAAUAGAUGGGGGGAGGGGGGACAGUGGACGGUGAUUGUGCAGGAAAAUCUUGGUCUAAAAAUAAUAUGAGUUUAAGGGGGGGUACAUUGCAAGGAAAAUCAGCGAUUAUUUUAAAAUGAACAUAUGUAUUUUUAUUAACUUGUAGUUAAAUAUAGAUUAUUACAACCAGGUCGACAUGAUAAGCCUAAAUAUAUAUAGAGAGCUAACUCAGGCAUUGUCUUGUUUAUCUGUAGACUGGGUAAAACAAACCUUUCCUGUGUUGUCAGUCCCUAGUUUCUUAGUUUAGAAUAAAUUAGACCAAAAGAAGAAACUCGUCUUUGUAUACCUACGAAUUAAGUUAUUACUGUUGAAACCUGGCCUUUCAUUUCACUAGUUGUAGAAGAGUCCAGAUGCUUGGUAGAUGUUCAGUAGGUGAUUUUUAAAUUGAAUCUGUUCAUUUAAAAUCCUCAUUAACCUUUCUAGGAAGGCUGCUUUGAGUAAAUAAUGGAAUCUUAGAGGAAAAGUGGUUUGUUUUUUAAAAAGCUAGGGGACUCCUCUAUUGGAAAUAAUUUGAAAACUUGAUGGAGGACUAAAGUUUCUAUCACGAGAAAUGGCAGCAAAUUACCAUUUACAUGCAUUUAUAGUCAGUGGUCCAUUUUAGGAGGCUGGUGGUGUCUGACAAAUGUUAGAGCAGAUGGGGAAGGAAAUUGUGGGGAAUUGUAAUAAAUAUCUCUAUGUCGUUUCUCUUCUGGGUCAUGGUAAAACAAUAAAUUAUCACCUCUAGGUGGCAA